AUGUGUGAGGCUCCCCCACCUCUGUCAGCUGCCCUGGAACCCCUGCCUGAGCUGCUGCCUCCAGACUGUGACUUCUUCAACCUUACCCUGAAAAGCAGGCCCAGUCUUGGGUGGGGAGUAGAGGCAGGCUGCCCUGGGCAUGGUGGGGCUGGUGGGCAAGAUACCCCAUCAAGCUGUCUUCCUGAUGUGGGCCUAUGUCUCCCUAGCAACCAACAAACGGAUGGAAAGAUGGCUUCUCUGAAGAGCCCCGUGGCCUCCACAGAGAAACUAGAUAUGGUUCAGAAGCACCCAGACUACAGCUUGCGCUGGCCGGAAGGACUGAAGGGCGAAGAGAUAAAGAAGUGCAGCCGAGAAGGGACACUACAGAGUAAAUACAACCAGCAGUACCACAAGCUGUUUAAGGACAUCCCCUUGGAAGAGGUGGUUCUCAAAGUGUGCUCCUGUGCCCUCCAGAGGGACCUCCUUCUCCAAGGCCGGCUCUACAUCUCCCCGAACUGGCUCUGCUUCCAUGCCAGCCUCUUUGGCAAGGAUAUCAAGGUGGUCAUUCCUGUGGUAUCCGUGCAAAUGAUCAAAAAACACAAGAUGGCACGACUCCUUCCCAAUGGACUGGCCAUCACCACCAACACCAGCCAGAAGUAUGUGUUUGUAUCACUGCUCUCCCGGGAUAGUGUAUAUGACCUGCUGAGGAGGGUCUGCACCCAUCUACAGCCUUCCAGCAAGAAGAGUCUGAGUGUGAGAGAGUUUCCAGAGGAACCUGACUGCGAGUCUCUGGAAGUCCUCAUCCCCGAGAUGAAGUGGAGAAAAGUGUGCCCUGCCUCCAGGUCCCUGUCCCUCCCAGAAAACAUCCCUUGCAUUCCUCAGGCAUCCAUGGGCUCCACGGACAGCCUCUUCCCCUCCAGGAAGCCUUCAGGGUCUGAGGAUGCCGUCUGUGAGAAGGACACCGUCUGUGAGGAGGACACGCUGGAGGAGGAGCCCGAGAGCGACAGGGAGCUGAGGCUCUGGGAUUAUCGGCUCCUUAAAGUCUUCUUCGUGCUGAUUUGCUUCCUGGUCAUGUCCUCAUCCUACCUGGCCUUCCGCAUCUCCCGGCUGGAACAGCAGUUGUGCUCCCUGAACUGGAAUGGCCCAGUCCCUGGGUACAGGUGAGGCCCUUUAUCUUCCUAACGCUUCCGGAAUCGAGGGUGAGGACGGGAGCCAAAGUCUAAGGCCAGGCUACCUGUUACCCCAGCUGGACUUGGCCCCCUCUGGCUAAGCUGGCUUGAUGGUCCAGAGCAAGGUUGGGCUGUGU